AUGGAAGAAGCGGAAAGGUAUUCUAGCAGCAGCAGCAGCAGCAGCAGCAGUAGCAGCAGCAGCAGCAGCAGCAGUAUCACCAGCAGCAGCAGCAGCAGCAACAGCAACAGCAGCAGUAGCAGCAGCAGCAGUAGCAGCGUCAGCAACAGCAAUACCAAAUUUGUAACGGAACCAGAAGCAACAGCAACAGCAGCAGCAGCAGCAGCAGCAGCAGAACAACGUUCACAGCAGCAAGAGCAGCAGGAACAGCAGCAGGAGCAGGAUAAGCAGCAGCAUAUAUUAUAUAUAUAA